AUGAAAUUAAAAGAAUUAACCGGGAAGAAAAUUAUAGACAUUUAUAUUAAUUUCAAGUCAUUGCCAUGUAGAAAAGGCGGUUAUGAUUCUGAUGACAAAUAUAAAGGAUGGAUACCACCUCCCAUUAAAAUAGGUCAAUUAAUAUAUAGUAUGUUUGGAUCUAAAAAAUCACACAAAAAGAAUAAUGACUCUGAUGAUGAAUUAAGCACUCUAAGCCCAAAAUUCUCAUGGGCUGAAGUCCAAAAAAUGCCAAAAAGUAUGCAAGGUGAAAAAAAGAUUAGUGAUCAAAAAGUUAUUCCCGAACUACUUCCAGAGAUUGUUCUCAAAGUACUUCUAGAGAUCGCUUCUAAAGUACUUCUAGAGAUAGCUCCUAAAGUACUUCUAGAGGUCAUUCUCAAAAAUCUUUUAAAAGUCACAGUUCAAAACAACAAAGAUGGCCAAAGAAUUAUUCAAGUUCUUCAUUUCAAUCAUCCUCAAGUUCUGAGCCAAAUGUAUAUCUUAAAUAUGAGGAUAUGGAAUGAAAUAGUUACUAUUUUAAAGAAGAUUCCAAAUAAUCAAUUAUUAGAUCUCAAUAAAAUCUAUAAAGAGCAACAAACCUUUAUAAAUGGUGAAAUAAUUCCUUGGUAUCCAAAACUAUAA